AUGGUGCGUGUUGCGGUUGUAGGUUGUGCCCAUGGUCUACUAGACGAUAUCUAUGCAACCGUCAAUUUCAUUAACAAGACACAAGCUGACAAUCCUGUGGAGCUUUUGGUGUGCUGUGGCGAUUUUGAAUGCAUGCGCAAUAUGCGCGACUUGGAGACACUGGCGUGUCCACCGAAAUACCGAGCACUGCAUGCUUUUUACCGGUAUUAUAACCAGGAAAAAUUAGCUCCUGUGCUCACUGUCUUUGUGGGUGGUAAUCAUGAAGCUUCGGGUUAUUUACAAGACCUUCAUUAUGGCGGUUGGGUAGCACCAAAUAUCUUUUAUCUGGGUGCAGCAGGUGCUAUUAAUGUUGCAGGACUGCGCAUUGCAGGACUUUCGGGUAUUUAUAAACACCAGCACUAUACAGCAGGAAGGUUUGAGUCACCACCGUUUGAUAAUAACACGAUGCGGAGUGUCUAUCAUGUCCGCGAGCUCGAGGUCUUUCAGCUCUCGCACUUGCAACAGGUAGACAAGUCGCCGAUAAAAGUGUUUUUGUCGCACGACUGGCCUCGAGGCAUUGAACAGUACGGCAAUAUAUCGCAGUUACUGCGUCGUAAACCAUUCUUUGAGCAAGAAAUAAGGACUAACACGCUGGGCAGUCCUGCUGGCGAGUUCCUCAUGUACCAGCUGCGCCCGCAAUAUUGGUUCGCUGCGCACUUGCACGUCAAGUUUGCUGCCAUUGUUGCUCACUCCGAUCAACCAAGUAAUGGAGCACAUUCGUCAAAUGGCAAAACUCUUGAUGCUGACAAGACAAAAUCAAAUGAUAAGCAGAACGCUGCUGCAAAGCUACGCUCCCAGGUAAAAACGACCAAGUUUUUAGCGCUAGAUAAAUGCCUUCCGCGUAGAGAUUUUAUGCAGAUCUUGGACUUGGAUGCUUCGGCAAUGGAGUUUAUAUCGAUGGAGGAGCAGAAAACGGGUACUGACAGCGAGAUAACACCCGAAGCUAAGCAAGAUGUUAUCCAGUCCAAAGAGGCUAUCAAGUCUAAUUCUCCUUGUACGAGUACAAAACGUUCGUCGGGACCAAAAAUCAUGUUCGACCUGGAAUGGCUUGCUAUCCUGCGCGCAACACACCACCUUGCUUCAGCCAAUAAGUUUGCGCCGCGUGUGCCGCAAGAGGAAAUGAAAAUCGAAGACAAGGACAUUGCUUGGGUGAAACAGCGUUUACGAGAAUUUGUUGCAGAAAAGAAGCUAGACAAGGUUCAAGAAGAGUGGAUCACUGAUUUUGUAAAGACCGCACCAGGUCACGGUAAAGAAGAGGGACAUGGAUCACAUGUGGUGACGGGUAAUCCUCAAACGGACCUUCUUUUGGAGAUGCUGAAGCUUCCACAUGUCGUGACCGCACCAUUUGUUAGCGGUGAUUCAGUAGUAGCUGCCUUUGAGGACCCGAACGAGAUUGCUCUAGAGGAUGAUGAAGACACCAGUGACUUUGAUGCAAAUCAAAUGAACAUCAAAGACGUUACUACCCCAACUCUCAAUCAAACAGUCCCAGUAAGUGCAGAAAUUGAGACACCUAUAGACUCGUGCGAAAUCCACCUUGAGUUGUAA